GCUUCCCUUUCCAGGAGAAAAGGCAGUAACCACAGAACAGAAACCGCAUCAUUCUGUUCUCCAUAGCAGGCACCUUUUGUUGUUCUCUGUCUGGAACUCAGGUCACCUUGCACAAUAGGUUUGUCACUUGGGAGGCUGGCGUUGGGGAUCGUGUGGUCUGUGUCUGUGCAGGCCAAGGAGAGGGUCAGUGGCCCCUUUGGAUGUGACACAUAGGAGGAGGGUGAAGCUGCCACUCCUUGCUCACUAGAGACAUCCCCAGUCCAGUGAGGUGACUCUUUGCCCUGGGACCCUAUGAGCUGGCCAGUGAGGAGGCAGGGCUCUGAGACCAUAUCCCCCAGGGGCAAUUCAGCUGUUUACUCUUUUACUUGGUUGCUGUUGAAGAUGGACAAAUGAUUAACCCCUGCAGUUCCUAGUUAGAUCUUGCUCAUUGUCCUGACUUCAGCCUUUUGAACCACCAGCCAGAGUUGUUUCGCCAGCUCCUUUCAAAUCUUUAUCUUUGCUUAGAUUCUUGUUUGAAAACUAUCCCCUGGGGGAGAGACUGGCAGGUCAGAGCCAUGGGGAGCAGCAGGAAGAAGGUCUAGAUGCUGCUGCUGGCUCCUUGGUCUACCCCUGAGGAGGAAUCCCCGGCUACCUCCUUUGCCCUUUUCUUGCUGGAUGGACCAGGAAGAUCAUCAGGGUGUGCAUGAACACCAGAAUUCCGAAGACAGAGGUAUGGGUUCUGACUUUGAGAACUCUGAGGACAGAGAGGCAGACCCAAAAGAAAGAGGAAUGGGCUCCAAUCCACAGGACACAGAAGAGAGGGGCCAUCUGGAGCAGGACAUGAGCUCCAACCCACAGGAUGACGAUCUCAGAGGGGACGCACAUGAGAGGGAAAUAGUGUCCACUGUCUGCCCAGAGGGUCUGCUGAGUGAGGAAGAAGGGGCUGUCAUCCGUGAGGAAGAGGACGACCAGCCUGGUGUGCCUGACAUGACACUGUUCCCAGGCCUGUCAGAAUCUGACAGUAUAUCCCGGAGUCCCCGGGGAGAGGAGGAGGAGGAGGAAGAGGAAGAGGAGGAAAGCGCUGGGGAGAACCGGCUGAUGGAGGAAGAUGAACAGUUGACUCCUCCGGUGCUUCCCUGGAGGCGUCACCUCUCCCUGGGGGGUCGACACCGAGGUGACAAACCUGCCCAACGCCGUUUCCACCGGCUCCAUCACCCCAUGGCCAUGGACCUCGGAGAACUCGACAGCCUGAUGGCCAGCAUCAUGGACGCGCCCACCAUCUGCCCAGACUGCGGGGAGAGCUUCAGCCCCGGCGCCGCCUUCCUGCAGCACCAGCGCAUCCACCGUCUGGCAGAGGCAGCAGCGGUGGCCAGCCUGGAGCCCUUCGGCUUGGCUGCCGAUUGCGGUGGGGUGGUGGGGAUGAUGGGCAUGGGCGUGGCCGGCGACUUCGGGACCGGGUCCGCGCUGGCCCGGCCCCCUCGCGAGAAGCCCUUCCGCUGCGGCGAGUGCGGCAAAGGCUUCAGCCGCAACACCUACCUAACCAACCACCUGCGGCUGCACACGGGCGAGCGGCCCAACCUGUGCGCCGACUGCGGCAAGAGCUUCAGCUGGCGGGCCGACCUGCUCAAGCACCGGCGCCUGCACACGGGCGAGAAGCCCUACCCGUGCCCGGAGUGCGGCGAAGCCUUCAGCCUGAGCUCGCACUUGCUCAGCCACCGGCGGGCACACGCGGCGGCCAGCGGGGCGGGCUCGGCGGCGGCGCUGCGGCCCUUCGCGUGCGGGGAGUGCGGCAAGGGCUUCGUGCGCCGCUCGCACCUCGCCAACCACCAGCGCAUCCACACGGGCGAGAAGCCGCACGGCUGCGGCGAGUGCGGCAAGCGCUUCAGCUGGCGCUCGGACCUGGUGAAGCACCAGCGCGUGCACACGGGCGAGAAGCCCUACAUGUGCUCCGAGUGCGGCGAGACCUUCAGCGUGAGCUCGCACCUCUUCACGCACAAGCGCACGCACUCGGGCGAGCGGCCCUACGUGUGCCGCGAGUGCGGCAAGGGCUUUGGCCGCAACUCGCACCUCGUCAACCACCUGCGCGUGCACACCGGCGAGAAGCCCUUCCGCUGCAGCCAGUGCGAGAAGCGCUUCAGCGACUUCUCCACGCUCACGCAGCACCAGCGCACGCACACGGGCGAGAAGCCCUACACGUGCAUCGAGUGCGGCAAGAGCUUCAUCCAGAGCUCCCACCUCAUCCGCCACCGGCGCAUCCACACCGGCAACAAGCCUCACAAGUGCGCGGGUUGCGGCAAGGGCUUCCGCUACAAGACGCACCUUGCGCAGCACCAGAAGUUGCACCUGUGCUAGGGCGGGGUUCCCAAAGAGUCCCAACACUGGGAGUAGAUGGCUAGGUUACUGAUCCUGCAGAUGUGGGGGAAGGAGUGGGAGGGACAGCCUAAGAGUGUCUGAGAGAGCCUUUUAAUGUUUGCUCCCCUCCCCCAGGGAAUGGUUAAUAAGAGUUAUUAUUUCGAGGUGCCUACCUCCUCCAUCGAAGUAACUCUUAGGAGAUGUGCUUGAGUUGAUGGUUUACUUAAAUACUCACUGUAAGGAAUGAAAAGCUUGGGUGAAUAGACGCCUGGAGGAUCCCCGAGGGAGGGGAUUUGGGACUGGGUAGAGAGGGUUGAACUGCCGUGUUUGUGGGAACCGGGAGAGGUGAUUGGUUUAGAGUUAUGGGGAUACAAAAAUACGCGGGUAGGAAUAAGCCUGUGACACCCCUCCUCUCAGCUUUAGUCAGAUCCUUCUCAUCGCUACAGAAGAGGGUGCUUAGUAUCCACUUCCUUCCCUGUGAGCCACAGUUAGCUGCUAUUUUGAGACAUCCAGGGAAAAUUGAGCAGAAAAACUGCACAGUUUCAGGAAGCAACCUUGGGUUUAGACUUCUUGGGUUUAGCAACUGAUUCCCAGAUUUGUUAGGAAAUCCUGCACUUGCUUCUUCGUGUUGGUUCAGGGUUGCCUAGGUGGAUGGAUGACCCUGAGCCCCGUGUAAGUCAGGACUUGGCCCGUCUUAGUCCGGCUUGGCACAUGAAGACCAUCAACAGCUGCCUGAGAAACCUGUUCACAAAAGGCAGGCAGCUCAGUUUUACUGGCUUCACGUGGAAAUUGCAAAAAUGCUGAGUUCACAGGCUGGGAUGCCUUCAUUUGCAUGUGCGUGACCCCAUGAACCCCAACUUCCCUCACAAGUUAAUGAGGGAUCUAGUCCAGACAGGGGCGUCCCCUUUUCCCUCCACAUAUGAGAGGCACGGAUUUACAUGUGGAGGGGAGAGACAGGGAGAGGUGGGAACGCAACGUGGCCAAAUAGCACAAACGAAUGUUUUCUAGUUACACAGUUGCCAAAACAGCACUUUAGUAUUUACAAAGUGUUUUACGCUUUCUAAGGAUUGCGCGUGUUUCUCACAAGCUCGGGAGGUCAAUCAGUAUUACAAACUCUGGCUUGGGAAAAUCUGGGGUCAGAGUGUGGUGAGCCUCCUGACGUGGGUGGUAGAGCCUGACCCUUUGUGUUCCCCAGCUCGGUUGCUAGGAUGAGUUACGUUCUCUGAUUUAUAUAAUACAGCGAGAACACUGAGCAUUCUCGUGCUUGAUGGGAGACAUAAAAGCCUAGAAGGACCAAAGAUGUCCUUAUUGACAAAGCUGGCCUUUGUCACCCGAUUCCAGUGUCCUCACUAGGCUCUAUUUCUAGUAGGGAGCUGUAGGCAGAUGACUUGUAUAGAUUUUGGUUACACUGAAAACCCCUCCCCUAGGUUAGCCUGUAGAAGUCAGUGUCGUGGCAGGCCGUGAAGUUACCGUCACUGAAACUUAUUACCCUAGACUGUUCAUGGAGCCUCCAACUGUUGGGCACAGUUGAAGGGGGAAAACUAGAAGAUUGUUUUUACAGUUUUGGUGAAGAUUCUGUGAAUGCUAGUGAUUUCUACUUGAUCAUUUGUGUUUUAGUAAUGAUCUUCUUUACUGUAGGGGGCUGUAGGGAAGCAUGUUUUCUAUCAUUCUAAGAACAAUCUGGAGAACAUCCGGGCUUGUAUAUUGCCUGCUGAUCAUGUCCACUGAAUCUUUUUAUUGUUCAGAGAUACUCACACUAGGGAUAGUUUUUAUUUUUAUUUUUAUAUAAAACAAGAGCUCUCUCUGGUCCUCUUUGAGUGAAGAGUUACAUGUGCAGUCUGUGCCCAUUCUUUAUUCUGACUCUUGUAGUCUGAAUGCAAAGUGAAUGAGACCACUUAAUACAGGCAAUUUGUAAGUAAUCUUAAAUUUCUUCCUUCCUUCCUUCUUUCUUUCCUUCCUUCCUUCCUUCCUUCCUUCCUUCCUUCCUUCCUUCCUUCCUUCCUUCCUUCUUUCUUUCGAGACAGGGUCUCUCUACAUAGUUCUGGCUGUCCUGAAACUCACUAUGUAGACCAGUCUUGCCUCAAACUCACAGACAUCUACCUGCCUCUGCCUACCAAGUGCUGGGAUUACAGGCAAGUGCCACUGAGACCAGCUUAUUGUUUUUGUUUUGUUUUAUUUUUUAAUACACAUCUACCUCUUCUGGCUGUUUUAAAUUUGCUCAAGCAUGUGCCAAUGAAAUCUUGUCCAACUUUUGAUCCUUCAUAUACAUUUUUAGCCACUUUGGUUUUUUAUUUUUUUUUGCCUUUUGUUAUCACCAUUACACAGAGAUAUAGCCAUUAUCAAAUGUGUUACACACCAGCAACUUUAGAGUGGGUUCAGUGAGGAGUGGAUAUGCAAGCUGGUGUGAAGCCAUGGCGGUAGAAAUCCUUGGGCUUCUCCUGUUCCUGUUCUUUCUGUUACCACGGGCAAGAGAAUCAGCUACUGUGUUCAUACCUAUGCUGAGCAAACCCUUCAGCAGGAGAGGCCGUUCAGCCACCCAUGCACUGCGCCAGUGGUGGAUUUAAAUGUGACUUUAAUUCUCUUACUUCUUCAGGGAACAUGCCCGCAUUAGGUGAGAUUCCAUGCACCCAGGUGGUUCUUUCUCGUCUUCCAUCUUAGAAUAAUAGCGUUUCUUCAGGAUCCCCUGGAGACCGUGGUUCAUGCUUGAAAUGUUAAAGAUUCCUCCCUCCAACUCAUGAUUGAUAUUGGAGGCCCUUGUACUAUUUAUUUCCUGGGGAGUUUGGCCAAAAGCAGGCUUCCUUUGCUGUCUGUCACUAAGCAAAACCCAGCGUAGUUUCUGGGCUUAAAUGACGUAGUUCUGAGGCAGAAGAAGAUAAGCAGUUAGCCCUUUGAGCCACGUGGUCGCUUGACAGUCUAGAGGCUGUAUAUAUGUGAAAAGUAAAAAUUAAAAAAAAAACUAUGUCCAUAGACAAUCUGAGCUGUGUUCUGAAGUCUGUGCACACUUUUCCUUGCUGUGCUCUGUCAUAUCUGUUGUUAAAGUAGUAAGUAAUUUAAUGAUCCAAGGAGUACCCGAUUCCGCGUGAGUGUGCUUGUGGAUGUGAGAACCUUGUUUGCAGGUUGUUUUAUUUAAUGGUGGCUCCUUGGACAGCAUCCUGGUGUCCAGCAAUGAAUAUGGGAUAUUUGUCAUUAAAUUCAUAUCGGUC